CUCCCCCCAGAAUAUACACCCACUCCAGAAGCGGGGAUGAAUGGUAGCAUGGAACAGUCGCCGUCGCAAAAUAUCCUGCGCGGGCUGCACCGUGGGCCAGUAGACCCCGGCUCGUUGCCGCCCGAGUACUGGAACAACUUCGAGCCUUUGUAUACUACCCCCGACCCCCCACAUCAACACCCGCAUCCACCCCAGCAACCGCUCCAGCAGAUCCAACAACCGCAGCAGCAACAGCAACAAUCGCAGCCGCUGGGAAUCAACUGGGACCAUCCGGUUUUCAGUCAGAGCACACCAUCCCGAAGUCCUCUACCUACGCCGCAGGAACCGACGCAUGGCAUCUACCCGCAGCCGACGCCUCAGUCUUGGCGGUCAAACUCUUUGCAUCCCCAGCAGCUCAUUCAUCCAGCGCCAGCGCCGACACCACAUAGUUUUAUAAACCACCAGCAGUAUCGCCAAGCUCCCCAAUUCCCGCAUGGGCAAGCUACGUUUGACACGCAGCCGCUUCCCGCAUCCGACAACUCACACUAUCAGUCCUACACGUUCCCGCGAGCAUACUAUCCUCCCCAGAACCUCUCCGUACCAGAUGUCUUCUCUCAAUCAAAUUCUCCUCGGCCCGCUCAAGUGCAGCCUCGGCCACCGCAAUACAGAUCUGAGUCGCAUCAGCAUCAAAUACCGCAAUACUCGCUUCCCACGGGUUAUUCGGAGGGGAACUCGCAUGUUCCGAUCAAUUUCGCUGCUGGAUAUCCCCAGUCGACUCCAACCGUACCUGAUCAGACCAUCAACCCACAGUUUCUCAAUUCUGCACAACAGGCGGCCAACCAGCAGGCUCCGCUUCAUAACAGCCUCCUUUACCUAAACCCUGCGGACUAUGAGCGUUCUGAGGAGCCGAAGUACGCAGCAACAAACAAGACCGCCAAUCCUGCCUCUGAUCCUGAUCGCAUGAGGUUUCUUGCUGGGGAUAGACUGUACAACUUUUAUCGAGAUGAUAUGCAGGUCCCGCAGGUACUGGGCCAUCCCCAGCCCGUUUCGAGUAACCAGCCGAUUGCUCCAAAUACGAAAUAUGAGUUUGUGGUACCUAUGAACGGACACAACAUCAUGCCCGCUCCCGCAGCGGUGAAAGCGACGAAGCCGAAGAAACAGCCUAGCGUCAAGAAACAAUCGCAGACUCAAGCAAAGAAGGCCACGAUGAAAGGGGGUAGCAAAAAGCUGGACGGGAAGUCUGCUUCGUCGAGUUCUGAGUCGGACAGCUCUGACUCCGAACUCGAGAUCCAGGCCCCUGAAGAACCAUCCCCUCUACCACCCACUCGUCCUAAUGAGCCGGAGGCUGCUGCGCAGUAUGACGCUCUUAAAGCUGUGUGGUCCCCACGUAAUAGGCGACCCAAUGUUGACAAAGUCAAGGCUGCACUGGUUGCGUUCAAAGACGUCGUCAAAGCUGUAAGGGACUCCUGGAAGGAGAGCACCCAGGCCAUGAAGGUCGCAGAAAAUAAGGGUGAAAGUGAGAAAGCCGCGCAGCUCAAGAAGGAUGCUGUGCUUCAACGCCGCCUUAUGGAUGUGGUCGUCAGCACCACUCUAGAGAAAGGCCACCCCGUCAUUGUCGAGAAGCUGGGUGAACAUCCAAUGGCCGUAGCUGCCUUGUAUUCGUUCCUGCUUGAUCGGCACCAGGCUUCUGAUAUUGAUGGGGCUUUGACAGUGAAUAUAUUAAAGCUACUCUCCCGCUUCGUGACAAUGGAUGAAGAAGUCCUUCAGAAGACAAAUGUUAGCAAAUUAUUGCCUAGAUUUGUGAAGAGGGGAGGUCAGAUAGUCAAAGAGUUGGCACAGAAGAUCUUAGACAAUGCCAUUGCAUCUACAAAGCGAAAGCAAGAGACGGCGAAGUCAACAGCCAAAGAGGGAUCGCCUGCUAAACCUCCAGUCGCCGAAUUGGCCGUCACAGAUGGACGCGCCGACCUGGCUGGGUCUAAGAGGCAUCGGGAAGGCGAGGGGAAUGGGCAGCCUGCUACGAAGCGAGUAGUUGUCUCGUCAAACCCCAAGACGGUCGCGAAACCCAACACUGUCGGAGCUCCUGGUGCUGCUGCCAAGCGACCGCAAGAGGUAGGACAGGAGAACAAAGUCUCUGCGGCCACUGCGGCCCGUCUCAAGGCCAAUAUCAUUGCUCCUAAGCCUACCAAUCUUUUUGGCAGUCUUAGCUCAGCCUCAAAGAGGCCCGGAACUUCGAACGCAGAGAGAGCUGCCGCUGCCGCCGCAGCAAAGACUCAUCCCGCGGAGAAGAAGGAAGCUCAGCCCGCGCCUCCUAGACCUACUUUCUCCUUCGGGGAUUUAAUGGCAGAUUUGAACAAGCAGAAGGAUCCCGCCCCUGUGGAGCCUACUGAGGACAGACCCCCUGAAACCGAGGAAGAACGGAAGAAGAGGUUGCGGAAAGAGGCACGACGGAAGCUUCGCGUAACCUGGAAGCCUGAUUCUAGUCUCACGGAAGUCCGUUUGUUUACGCACGAUCCUGAGGAAGAACUUGGGCCAGGUGAUCGUUCGUCGCGAGAGGCGGGAGAUGUCAAGGGUGAAGGCAGUGUACUCAAGCUUCACAGAGAUCUGGAUGAGCUCGAGGAGGAGGACGACGGUGGUCUUCGCGAAGAGCAAUUGCUCGAAUAUUACGAGCCGUCUGGUAAGUCAAUAGCUUCGUCAGCUGUUGCAAACUCUACCCUCACACUAACUGGGUCAGAAACCGAUAAGGAGAACAUCAGUCCUGAGGAUCGCGCCAGAAGCUAUGUUAAGCGUGGCGGCAAUCAAGAGCCGACCAGCGCCGAGAAGAAAGCUCAGGAGCAUCGCGAAGCCACGACACUUAUGGUUUUCUAUACUUCACCUGCGGAUGUGCCAUCCACGCCGAAGGAACCUCCUCCGCCAGAUACUGAUGAAGCAGCGCCAGAAGUGGUAUCAUUCGGAGAAUUGCCGGAUCAUGUGAAGGCCCGACAAGACCGAUACUUCGCCAUGGUCAACCCACAGCCAACACCCGCGCCUCAGAGCGCACUUAAUGGCCAGUUUGAUAUCACAAACCUACUCAAGGUCAUCCAGACUGGGCCACAGCAAUAUUCGACGCCGCCGGUACCUCAGCCUCAACCUGCGCAAGCGCCCAUGUCUGAUCUUGAAAGGACGUUCAGCAUGUUCCGCCAGCAGCAGCAACCCCAGGCACCGGUCCUACAGAUGCCUCAAUUGCCCCCUGCUUCUCAGGCACAGGCGGCACAAGGUGUUGAUUUCCAGAGACUCUUGUCGAUUAUCAAUACCCAACAGCAAAUGCAGCCAGCAGCACCUGUCGUGCCUCAGGUGCAACCCUCGCAGCCUAGCAUUGCCCCUAAUUUGGCUGCCAUCAUAUCCCAGAUCACCAGCCAAACCCAGCAGCCGAGCGUUGCCAGCGCGCCCCAAUCGGGCCACUAUGAGGACCCCGAGCGCAAACGCAUGCGCGAAUCCGGCGGGCUUGACGGCCAAGACGACGACAGGUUCAAUUCAUCCAAACGGAACAGAUCAAAUGAGUCGAAUAAGAAACAUCCCAAAGCUGGAUUGGUUCCUUGUCGAUAUUGGCGCGAAGGCAAGUGCCGCAAGGGUGACGAGUGCACGUUUCGCCACGAUUCUCUGAACUGACGUUCUUAUUUCCUAUUCUCCUGAUACCCCCCUUGGUCUUCGUUCAUUCCUAAAUCUAUGUAAUUGUCUUGCCUGUCUCUCAGCAUCUCUCCCUGCGGUUGUUGUGUAUUUGGCCGCUGCAUGUGUCGCAUUGUCAAAAUUACGGUGUGUCGGGUUUUUUCAUUGACUUGGCAAGCUUCCCCUCGGACUGAUUGAUCAUCAACGCAUCCUGCAUCUUAUUUCGAAGCAUACCUACCAUCAUACAUGGAAUGGAGUACGGGUGGAGUUAUGUGAAGUUUGCAGAUCUAUUAUUUUCCUUCUUUUUUUCUUCGUUGCGGCUAUGGGUUUCUACAAGGGAUGGUUCUAUGCCGGGCGUUAUUAGGUGUAUGGCUCCUGCUCUUGUUCCGGACAGGUCAGCAUGUACAUUAGUCGCGUUAAGCUGUGGCAAGGGUCUCUCCGCCGACAAACAACCUCCGUGGUUGAAUUCCAUUUGUUUCUAUUUUAGGUUCCUG